CGACGUACAGAAGACGCAAACUCCCGACUACCCCCCUUCUCACUUUGUCGAACUUCGCCUGGAAAGGAAACGAUCACAAUGCCUUAUCUCCCCACAUCCCAGGCAUUUCUAGAACAGUCCUGCCUAUUACUCGAAGCAUAUCCGGAAACGACUCGUAUCACAGCCAAAUACAACUUCCCCUCUACACAAACCCGGUCGUCACGAAAGCCUACAUCCCCCACCACGACGAAUGGUGCUUCAAAUGCCCCCGCCGCCCCCGUCGCAAGCCUGACGCUGAAAACUUACGAUCCGCGAUCGGGCGUGUGUUUGAAAUACCGCACCAACAAGGUCGCAGAGGUUGGGCGGCUGUUCACCUCCUUCGGCAAGCUGGCUGCUGGGGCGGACGUUGCGAGCCUGGGGUUGACGGGUGCCGCGGCGCCUACUGCUGCUACGGCGGAUGUCGAGAUGGGUGAUGCACCUGCGUUGGAAGAGAGUGCCGGUGCUGCUGCUGGUGCUACGGGGGGAUCGCAACAGGGUGCUACGACAGGGGCCGGGACGACGCCGGCAAAGGCUGGAGGGGGGAAAUCGAAGAAGAAAGGCGGAAAGGGAAAGCGAUGAUCGUGUACUUCACACCUUGAUGGAGCUUAUUGAAUGGGAUAGGACAAGCGAUAUAGCCCGCUGGAAACCUAGAAUCAAGCUCCGAUACGCAUGGAAUCCAGGCAUAUAGACCAGUCUCGGAUGAUAGAACCAUACCCAAAUAUGAAAAUACACAAAGACAAAACAUUAGCCUUGACUGCAACUCGAA